GGCCCGCAGCUGCCCCGGGCGGACUGACUCACCCGGGAGCACUGAGUACUGAUGUGCUAGGCUGCGGGCUCUUUGCUCACUGACGCUCCCAGUCCCAAGAUGAAUGUCCAGGAGCCGGGCUUCCCCUUGGACCUAGGAGCGAGCUUCACCGAAGAUGCCCCCCGGCCCCCUGUGCCUGGGGAGGAGGGUGAGCUGGUGUCCACGGACCCCAGGCCCGCCAACCACAGCCUCUGCUCUGGAAAGGGGCCUGGAACCCGGGGGGAGACGUCCACGGCCACGCCCAGGCGUUCAGAUCUGGAUCUGGGCUAUGAGCCCGAGGGCAGCGCCUCGCCCACACCCCCUUACCUGAAAUGGGCCGAGUCGCUCCACUCAUUGCUGGACGAUCAAGAUGGGAUCAACCUGUUCAGGACUUUCCUGAGGCAGGAGGGCUGCGCAGAUCUGCUGGACUUCUGGUUCGCCUGCACUGGCUUCAGGAAGCUGGAGCCAUGUGUCUCCAACGAGGAGAAGAGGCUGAAGCUGGCUAAAGCCAUUUACCGCAAGUACAUCCUCGAUCACAACGGCAUCGUGUCCCGGCAGACCAAGCCCGCCACCAAGAGCUUCAUCAAGGACUGCGUCAUGAAGCAGCAGAUCGAUCCUGCCAUGUUCGACCAAGCGCAGACUGAGAUCCAGGGGACCAUGGAGGAGAACACCUACCCCUCGUUCCUCAAGUCCGACAUUUACCUGGCCUACACGCGGACAGGCUCCGAAAGCCCCAAGCUCAGCAGCGACCAGAGCUCUGGGUCGGGCACUGGGAAGGGCAUCCCCGGGUACCUGCCCACCCUGAACGAAGACGAAGAGUGGAAAUGCGAGCAGGACGUCGUCGAGGACAAUGGCAGAGACCUGGUUCCGCCCGGCAGGUUCACACAGAAGCUCCUGCUGGAGGCCACCUCCAGCCGACGGUCCAGCGAAGGCAGAGAGUUGAGGUAUGGUUCAUGGCGAGAGCCUGUCAACCCCUACUACGUCAACUCUGGCUACGCCCUUGCACCGGCCACCAGCGCCAAUGACAGUGAGCAGCAGAGCCUGUCGAGUGAUGCCGACAGCUUGUCCCUCACUGACAGCAGCCUGGACGGAAUCCCGCCAUACCGGACCCGCAAGCAGCACCGCCGGGAGAUGCAGGAGAGUGUGCAGGCCAAUGGGCGGGUGCCUCUACCUCACAUCCCUCGCACCCACCGAAUGCCAAAAGAGAUCCGCGUGGAGCCGCACAAGUUUGCUGCGGAGCUUAUCCACCGCCUGGAGGCCGUGCAGCGCACCCGGGAAGCCGAGGAAAAGCUAGAAGAGCGGCUGAAGCGAGUCCGGAUGGAGGAGGAAGGUGAGGAUGGUGACGGGCCAUCAGGGCUGGCAGGCACCACUCACAAGCUGCCCUUGGCCUCCACCUGGCACCACUUCCCACCCCGCUACAUUGGAGGCUGGCUGUGGGGGCCUACGGAUACACAUGAGGAGGACCCCGAGAGCAUCCUGGAUGAGCAUGUGCAGCGCGUCCUCAGGACGCUCCGGCUGCCAGUCGCCAGGGCCCGGCCGCCACUCUCACCGACAGCCCUACACGUGUCCAAGAUGUCCGGGGUACUGGGGGUCACAGCCACUGGGCACAGGCAAGCAUCUGCCCAAGUUGGGGCCAAGCACAGCCACCACCACAGCCACCACAGCACCACCCGGCCCCAAGGAACAGAUUGAGGGCGAGGCCGCCGCACACAGGGCAGCUUCCCGUGGGGCCCAGAUCCGCAUGGGGCCCACUCAGUCAAGCCCGCAGCCACACAGGAGAACCUGGGCACAGUGCUCGGCGCCGGUGAUAGCCUGGCCCACAGCGGGAAGGCUGGUGUCCACCUCCAAGCGGAGCGGCUAGGAAGGCCGAAUCGGGGCGGGAGUGGCAGCGCAGAGGGUCCCGGCCCCACUGAGGGUGAGAGGAACCAGAAGAUCCUGCAGUGGAUCAUCGAUGGGGAGAAGGAGAUCAGCAGGCACAGGAGGCUGGCCAUGGGUCUUCGGGGUGCCAAGAAGCAGCAGGCCCAUGAGAGCUCCAGGCCCGUGUCCAUCGAGCGUCCUGGGGCUGUGCACCCCUGGGUCAGUGCUCAGCUCCGGAACUCGGUGCAGCCCUCGCAUCUCUUCAUUCAAGACCCCACGAUGCCGCCCAACCCAGCCCCCAACCCUCUGACCCAGCUGGAGGAGGCACGCCGGCGUCUGGAGGAAGAGGAAAAGAGAGCCAGCAAAUUGCCCUCAAAGCAAAGGUUCGGGUCCCAGAGGAAAGGUGGUGGCGGCCAGCCCUGUGACAGCAUCGUAGUGGCCUACUACUUUGUGGGGAGCGAUACCCUACAGGACCCUUGUGCGCGGGCCGCGCAGUUACCCUCGGGCCAGUUCAAGGAGCUACUGACAAGAAAGGCAGCUACCGGAUACUACUUCAAGAAAGUAAGCGAUGAGUUUACUGCGGGGGUGGUGUUCGAGGAGGUCCGGGAGGACGAGGCCAUCCUGCCCGUCUUUGAGGAGAAGAUCAUCGGCAAAGUGGACAAGCUGGGACUGACCCACGGCCCCUCCUGGUACCCUGAGCUGCCACGUGUGUGGCCCACAGUUCCUGGCAAGAACCCUGGUCUGGCCUUUGGGCAUUGGUGCGUCCAGGUGGGCAGGGAACCCUCCGAAUGGCAAGGAGGGAGCCUGCCCGUGCCUCCAGAGCAAAUACUGGGAGUCCUGAGGGCAGCCCCACACAACUCCGCCAGACUCUGCACCUCCUCAGCCCGGGGAGCCUCUGCUCGUCUGUCACCGAGUGCCUUCAACGGUGUUGGUGCAGCUGGGAUCCGAAUCCAGCUUCUCCAGCCCCGGGCCCAUGUAAAUAUGUACAUUUCUCAGGCCAGGGCCAGUGAGGGCUGUCCCAGGCCCAGUUUUCAUGCGCUGACUUGUACAAUUAUCUUUUCAAAGGUACUUGGAUAAUAAUAAAAUAAAGCUUUUUUGGACCUUC